AUGGAAAAUAAGAUGUGCAGCCUGGACUACAAUGUGCUGAAUGAGCUGCGCCUGGAAGGCUGCUUUCUCGAUGUAAUCAUCUGUGUGAACGGAGUGGAGUUCCCUGCUCACAAGAAUGUCCUCUGUUGUUGUAGCCCUUACUUCAGGACACUGUUCUCCAAGAGGUGGAACAGCACAGAGAAAAUGAUCUAUAACAUCUCUGGCAUUUCUCCAGAUAUGAUGGAGAUGAUCAUCUCCUUUGCCUACACCCAGACUGUCCUGAUCACCUCAGACAACGUGAAGCAGCUGCUCAUGGUGGCUGACCAGUUUAAUAUCCUGGGCCUCUUAAACCUCUGUUGUGACUUCCUCGAGUCUCAGCUCAGCGUGGAGAACUGUAUUGGGAUCUUCAAGUUUGCCUACUAUCAUUGCUGUCCAGAGCUGUGCCUCAGAGCCUUCAGGUACAUCAUGUACAAGUUUGAGGAGCUCAUGCAGGAGUCUCAGGAGUUCCUGCAGCUGAGUUUCUAUGAACUGUAUGACAUCAUCAACAGGGAUGAGUUAAACGUCACCAAUGAGAGCCAGGUCUUCCAUGCUGUAAUAAAGUGGACUUUCCACCAGAAAGAAGACCGUACAGGAUUUCUUUUGAAACUUCUUUCAAAGGUACGGCUAGAACUCAAGGAUGCUCAGCUCUUUCUGGAUGAUGUGAAGAACAGUGAGUACACACAGGACAAUGAGGAAUAUAAACUCUUUUUCUACAGAGCCUUGUUUCAAAUGAUCUAUGAGAUUAGUAUGAAUGAAGCCAUUGGUCCACAGUCCAGAUGCUCCCUGGCUCACGCUCGUUUGCCUUACAGUAUUCUUUUAUCCAUUGGAGGCUGGAGUGACAGUCACCCCACUAAUAUUAUUGAGGCCUACGACGCAAGGGCAAAAAUGUGGAUGGAUGUGACGUGUGAGGAGGAGACGCCCAGAGCCUACCUCGGAACGGUCUAUGUGAAAGGGUAUAUUUAUUUUAUUGGUGGAUUUGACAGUGUGGAGUACUGCAACAGGGUUUGCAGGUUUCACCCAGUGCAGAAGGUCCUGCAAGAAGUGGCCCCCAUGCAUUCCCGCCGGGGCUAUGUCAGUGUAGUCAUUCUGAAUGAGCUCAUUUACGCCAUGGGGGGCUUUGAUGGUCACGCUCGCCUUAAUACAGUCGAGAAGUAUGAUUCAGAGACUAACCAGUGGACCCUGCUGUCAUCUAUGAAUGAGCGGAGAAGUGAUGCCAGUGCCACGACUCUGCAUGGGAAGAUUUAUAUUUGUGGGGGUUUCAAUGGCGAAGACUACCUAUUCACCGCUGAGGUGUACGAUCCUGGAAUAUAUCAGUGGUCAAUGAUUUCCCCAAUGAUGAUCCAGAGAAGUGGAGUUGGCGUGAUUGCUUACAAAGAUGAAGUUUAUGCGGUGGGAGGCUUUGAUGGGGAAGACCGCCUGAACACUGCUGAGGCCUAUGACCCACUGACUGACUCCUGGCGAGUCGUCUCCUCAAUGAUCACACCGCGCAGUAACUUUGGCAUUGAGACGAUGGAGAACCUACUCUACGUAGUUGGCGGUUAUGACGGCUUCAUCACCUCUGCUGAAGUGGAGUGUUACAACAAGGAAACUAACGAGUGGAAAGAGGUGGCAGAUAUGAACGUGGACCGCCGAGCUUUGUGUUGCUGUGUGGUGUCAGGGUUGCCCAACAUCAGAGAGUAUGCUGCUCCCCGGGAACCAUUGGAGUCAGUCACCCUGUCUGCAGAGCAUAAGCUCUCCCCUUUCUACAACAUUCCUCAGGUGUGAGUAGCAAGCUUCUUGUUAAACACAGAAAACAAAAAGCCAGUCUGCCAGCUUUGUAGCAUUUUCUACGUUGACGGCAUUCAACGCCACUUAUACCAAUGUCGCGUGGAGUAAGCGUAUAAGCAAGAGGAACAAUGUUCAGUUCUUUGAAGAAACAGACAUUGUACCUUGUGGUAAAGGCCCAUCAUUGCUGGAGAGAUGCUACAAUCUGCAUUCUGACAUCACAAUGGGUCUGAUGAUCUGCAAAUUAAUUAAGAAGAGCCUGCAACAGCAUCGAGAAUUCCAGAGAAAUCUUUUGCGGCCUUCCACCUGUGUAUGUGUCCAGAUGUGGCACAAAGCAAGUUAACAGGAACUAUGCUAAUCUGAAAGUCACGUGGAUGGACAAAAAGGUACCAGGAGGCUGGUGGAACUGCACCAGUAACUGUGAACACACCAAUGAGCUGCUCAGGAGGAAUCCUUGCCCCCCGUCUUUUCCAUCACUGGCUGCGAAUAGACUUUAUUGGCCGCUGCUAUGAAACUCCUGAAUUGCACUAUUGGAACACAUGCAAUAGACACAGACUGCUGCCUUCUUAGAUUUCUUACUCUCUUUAACUCCAAGUGCUUUAUGUUGACAGCAGGUGACAGAUGCAUAUAUGAAAGUCAGCAUUCAUAUAUCUUGUUUAUGGGAGGUGUGUUAUAGUAAAAUGUGAAGUAGCAGCUAUGAAGUCUCCUUAUUCAGACUGCAUCCUAUUACUUCUCAAAGGUGCAGUGCCAAGGAACGGCAGGCAAGAGGCCUAAAUAUAUCUCCUCUUACAUUCACUACAAUUUAAUUAGCCCCAAAACGUCUGCCUGCCUUAGUGCUCUGAAAGCCGACUCAUUCAUUCUAGAGUGUCGAUGGCAUGUCUACUAGUGGAGGACAAUGUGCAUCAGGGAAGAGCUGGAGACAGGUCAAGUGAUUAAAAAAGGAAAAGUCAGGUGUCUUGAAUAUACACCCGAAUACAUUUAGAUAUGGACCUCUCAAUGAAGGUUUCAUUUUGUCAAGACUUCAAAAAUUUGAUUUUUUUUUGUAAUAAAAUGGGACAUUAACUCAAAUAAAACUAUUAGUUGAAAUCAUUUUUAAGCUUGA